AUGCCAAUAUCCCGAUCCCCACGCAAGCGCGGUCGACACGCUGUAGCCUGUCUCCCUUGUCAUCGCAGGAAGCAGAAGUGCGAUGGUGAUGGGUCUACCGUAUGCUCUAACUGCCGCCGUCGUGGAGUUUCAUCGACUUGUAAAUACCCAGGAGCCACUGAAGCAGCUGGCAAUUCAUCUUCCGGAUCAACCCACGUCGAUGCUGGAGCUCCAGACUCGUACACGGCCUCAUCUGCCGUCGAACUCCCGGAAGGAGAAGGCAGCGUUGGCAAUUUGUUCAGAAGCCAGGAUGCUCCGUCGUUCUUCGGCUCAUCCUACUUUGGACCACAGGCAGCGGCAAAAGUCAUCGAGGCACCUGCGCCAGAUGUCUCGUCGGGAAUCCGAGCGCAGCCUGGUGCUGGGUCGGCUCAUUCUUUCCGCGAUGAAGGCGGGCCUUUCUCUCAAAUCUGGGAUCUCCUAGGCAUCUUGCCUCGCAGAAAGGCGACCGUUGAUAAUCUGACAGAAUGUUUCCUUCGAGAAUUGAACUGGUCCAUCGAUGCAGUGCACCCUGCCAAUUUUCGGGAAAAGUACGAAGCCUUCUGGACACGCAAGUUUGGGUUUGAUGACUUCGCUACAGUCGAUCUCAGAUGGUUGGCGCUGUUGUUUAUCGUGCUUGCCUAUGGCGUACUCCUGGAUGGCUCUGCGCCAACCAACCUGGAAAGCCAACGUGAGCUCACAGAGACAUCUUUGAGAUUCUACUGGGCUUCGAGACGAGCUAUUGUCAUUGCACCUUCGUUCUACGGCGAAAGUACAGACCUCGUUCGUGCAGGAAUACUCGUUACGCGCUACUUGAUCUACACUCGACGAGUCACUGAGUCCUGGCUAACAACAAGCUUCGCUAUGCGAAUGUCUCAAGCUCAAGGGAUGCAUAUCGACGGCGAACGCUGGAGACUCCCUCGAAAGGAAACUGAGACUCGACGGCGACUUUGGAGUCACCUUUACGUCUUGGACAAGACGAUUGCUCUUGCACUAGGCCGCCCCUUCGCUAUUGUUGAUCAACAAUGCAUGGUGAAACGGGCAUCGAAUGUUUGGCUUGAUGACCUGAGCGACGAAGAUGCUGGCGCCGCCACGGAAGCACCGAUUUCGGAACCGACUCAAGCAGUCUGCAAUCUCCUCGCACAUGAAUUGGCCGUCAUCGUCGGAAAGAUUCAGGAACAUUGCUUUGGACUCUUUGCUGUUUCGCUACAAGACGCAGAUACUUCGUCAGAUGCCUCCAGACCAUACCUCUACUGGAACAGACUGCGGCUCCAUGCGAUGUAUCACUUCGCCCGGAUUACGCUUCAUCGACCAUACCUACUUCGUCACAGCAUUACGAAUCGGUACAGAUACAGUCACGAUGUCUGCAUGUCUUCCGCUUGCUCCGAUCUGGCGCUACGACUCAAGUACUUUGGACAACCUUUGCAAGACCGUCUCAAGUGGGCCCUAGGACCUCACCACUUGUUCAACGGCGUGCUUGUCCUGGGAGUGAUCGCGGUCCAAGACCCACAUUCGCCACGAACCAAUGCCCUACUGGAAGACCUCGACGCUUACUGUGAGAUGCAGCGCCAUGACGUCUGGGUAAACGAGUUCGCACUGGCAGAAGUCAAGAUUGUUGAGUUAUGUAUCUCAAAAGCGAGGAGCUUGCGUCAAAGCAACAAGCGGAGUAUCCCCAACAGCAGGGCUUCCAUGGAGCCAACGAUGACUUCUGCUCCAGCAAGCAGCGGUAUGGAUCCAAAUAUACAAACUCCUUUCCCUGGCCUGGAUUUGGCUCCCGAGCAGAACUUGAAUGAUAGGUUCUUCCCGCCAUUCCCAAUCGACCCGAGCGCCAACUUCUGGCAUGAUCCUGCACUUACGCUGCCGGAAGCGAUAGAUGUGCAGCAGUGGGAAUAUGUGCUUGAUAGCAUAGCUCAAGAGCCCGGAUUCUCAUGA